CAGUCCCCUCCCCUCACUUUUUUUUCUUCUGCUUCAUCUCCCCUCCCUUUCUGUCUCUUGCUGCAUCUCUAGCUCAAAAGGCACCUCGACAUCACUUAACUCCCAGUCACCUUCCCUUUUCGCAUUCUUUCUCAUUUCUCCAUAUUUCUGUCCUCCAUCUGACCAAAUCCAGCACCGUGAUGGAUAGCACCAUAUCAGCCUAUACUGAAAAGCUAAAGGAGAUGUCAAUGCUGUCUCUCAUCUGUUCCUGCCUAUAUUCUCAGCCUCAUCAUCAACCCAUCAGCCAUUUUGAAGAUAUGGAGGUAAAGUCCCUGAAUAAGCGAACAUCUGGCCAGGCUUUUGAGAUCAUCCUGAAUAGCCCCACUGAUCUGUCACCAGACAGGCCUCAGAGUCUGUAUCUGGCGGCCCACAAGAAGGAGCCCUCAUUGGAAAACCUGCAAAAAAAACUGGAUGCUGCUGAGGACAGAAGACGAAAUCUGGAGAAGCAGAUUUUGAAGCAGCUGUCACAGAAGCGUGAACAUGAGCGGAAGGUUCUCAAUAAGGCCCAUGAGGUUAAUAACAACUACAGCAGAUUAGCAGAGGAGAAGCUCAAUCACAAAAUGGAAGUGAACAAUGAGAAUCGCACAGCCUAUCUCACUGCCCUAAAGCAACGCUUGAGAGAAAAAGAGUUACAUGCCACAGAGGUACGCAAGAAUAAGGAGUUGCAGACUGAACUCUCUGGCUAAACCAUAUACAACGUCUUUCUAAGGCCUAUCAGCCUUGGAUUUGAGGAAGGCUACAACAUCUAAUAGUCAUUCUACUUGCCUGACCUUCAUAAAACAUCAACUUGGUUCACAUUUACAGUGCACUUUCUAGAAUACUCAUGCAUAUACUGGUUUUGGAUGAAAAAGUAGGUCAUCCCCUGUAGUUUUUCAGUCUGUUAAAGCAAUAUGACUCUUACUGAAUGCUAACAACAAUAAAACGACUAAAGUGAAGCAUAAUGACUCCAUAUAAAAUGUUAUCUGUUUCUCUUAUUCAAAAAGUCUCUAUUUGUCAUAUUUAUUGAUUCAUCAUCGUUCAAAUCUUUUGACCUGCUUACAAGUGAAAAUGGAGGAACGUCUGUCAAAUCUUACAUGCACUUAAUGCUCUGUGAAUAUGAAAGGAUAUAUAAAGUUAUUAUUAAAAUGAAUAUUACUUAAAAUUCCUUCAGAAAUUCUUUCACAUUAGCUUAUGUUACCUAGCUAAUGUUGUCUAGCUUCUUGACGCAUGGUAAAAUUCGUUUGUCGCUUGUUAUAAUAUGUUUAUUAUAUGCUUUGUUGACUGGGUAAACAGAUUGGAUGAACCAAGCAAAACAGAUUUGAACUUUUACACUAUUCCUGCCACUAAAGCCACAGAAUUUCCAAUGCACAAACCACAAUGUAUUUUUAGCCAAUUCUAAAAAGAAUAUGUUUCAGAGCAUGUGUGUGUUUGUGAUGAAUAUAUAUUGUGUGUUUGCGCAUGGAUGUGGUAGUCUGAUGGCUAAGGUUUGGCCUACUAAAGGAAAGGGUGUGAGAUUGAAUCCCAAGUCC